CGCACGCGCGCGCGAGAGGGAGCGAGGCAGAGGGAAAAGAGAGGGCGCAUUCCUGAAGGGAGGGGCCACCUGACAGGAGCGGCAGCGCGAGCCGGCGCCAAGACGAACUGCGACACUGACCGGCCGGUCGCGCUGCUGGUGAAGGGAGGUGCAAGCGGAGGCGGCGGUGUGGCGCGGGGACAGAAAUGGGACGUCAGAGCCGCUGCCGGGCGCUGCCCUGAAAGGCUGCCGGGCCGGGCACCGUCGGAACUGUUGGAAAAGGCCGACGUGAAACCAGGCAGGCGGGCAGGCGGGCAGGCAGGCGACGGCUUAGCCUUGGCGGGGAGGACCGGAGCGGCGACGAUGGCGACCGCUGCGAUGCUCUUUCCGUCGGCUCUGGCUCCCUCGGAGACUCGGAAGUUCACGCGGGCGCUGAGCAAGCCGGGCACUGCCGCCGAGUUACGGCAGAGCGUCUCCGAAGUGGUGCGCGGCUCCGUUCUUGUGGCAAAACCAAAGGUAAUUGAGCCAUUAGACUAUGAAAAUGUCAUUGUUCAAAAGAAAACUCAAAUACUCAAUGAUGCUUUGCGUGAGAUGCUACUUUUCCCUUAUGACGACUUUCAGACAGCAAUACUGAAACGACAGAAUCGAUAUGUAUGUUCUACAAUUCCGGAUAAUGCAGAGAAAGAAGCUCAAAGCUUAUUUGUAACAGAGUGCAUUAAAACAUACAACUCUGACUGGUAUGUUGUCAACUACAAAUAUGAAGAUUAUUCUGGAGAGUUUCGACAACUUCCAAACAAAGGAAACAAAUUAGAAAAGCUGCCAGUUCAUGUUUAUGAGGUUGAUGAAGAAGCAGAUAAGGAUGAGGAUGCAGCAUCUCUAGGAUCUCAGAAAGGAGGAAUUACAAAACAAGGAUGGCUGUACAAAGGCAAUAUGAACAGUGCUAUCAGUGUUACUAUGAGGUCAUUCAAAAGAAGAUUUUUUCACUUACUCCAACUUGGUGAUGGAUCAUAUAAUCUCAACUUCUAUAAAGAUGAGAAAAUAUCGAAAGAACCUAAAGGAUCAAUAUUUUUGGAUUCCUGUAUGGGAGUGGUCCAGAACAACAAAGUCCGACGUUUUGCAUUUGAACUCAAGAUGCAAGACAAGAGUAGCUAUCUUCUUGCAGCAGACAGUGAAGUAGAAAUGGAAGAAUGGAUUACAACUCUAAACAAAAUUCUCCAACUGAAUUUUGAAGCUGCAAUGCAAGAAAAAAGAAAUGGAGACUCCCAUGAUGAUGAUGAACAAAGCAAGAUGGACAGCUCUUCAUCCAGUUUAGAUAGUUAUCUUCCUGAAAUGGCUAAGGUUUCCAGAGAUUCUGAAAUAAAAUUCAAAAGUGAAAGCAGGAUUAAACUCUUUGCCCUGGAUCCAGAGGCACAGAAACUUGAUUUUUCUGGUAUUGAGCCAGAAGUAAAGCCAUUUGAAGAGAAGUUUGGGAAGAAAAUUCUGGUGAAGUGUAAUGAUUUAUCUUUCAAUCUGCAAAGUUGUGUGGCUGAAAAUGAGGAAGGUCCAACAACCAAUGUAGAGCCAUUUUUCAUCUCGUUGGCACUAUUUGACAUUAAAUGUAACCAGAAAAUUUCUUCAGACUUUCAUGUUGAUUUGAAUCACAGCACAGUGAGGCAUAUGCUAGUUAAAACAGCACAGCAGUUGCUGAAUGGCAGUAGUGAUUGCUUGCAUCGGAUUCAAGAUAUUAUUCCAGAUAUUAUGUUGCAAUAUCCCAAACAGGGAAUAUUCUCAGUAACGUGUCCACAUCCUGAUAUAUUUCUAGUGGCCAGAAUUGAAAAAGUUUUGCAAGGAAGCAUUACCCACUGUGCUGAGCCAUAUAUGAAAAGUUCUGAUUCUUCUAAGGUUGCCCAGAAGGUUCUGAAAAAUGCAAAGCAGGCGUGCCAGCGGCUAGGACAGUACAGAAUGCCAUUUGCUUGGGCAGCUAGGACACUGUUUAAGGAUACAUCUGGAACACUGGACAAGAAUGCACGAUUUUCAGCACUUUACAAACAAGACAGUAACAAGCUGUCAAAUGAAGACAUGCUUAAAUUGUUAGCUGAUUUCAGAAAACCUGAAAAGAUGGCCAAGUUACCAGUUAUUUUAGGAAAUCUAGACAUAACAAUUGAUAACGUUUCUCUAGAAAUCCCAAAUUUUGUUAACUCAUCAUACAUUCCCAUGAGACAGUUUGAAAGCAGUACCAAGACAGUAAUAACGUUUGAGGUUGAGGAAUUUGUUCCAUGUAUACCUAAACAUACUCAGCCUUUCACCAUCUACAACAAUCACCUUUAUGUUUAUCCAAAGCACUUGAAAUAUGACAGUCAAAAGACAUUUGCAAAGGCAAGAAAUAUUGCAGUAUGCAUAGAAUUCAAGGAUUCAGAUGAUGAGGAUUCUGUACCUCUAAAGUGCAUCUAUGGUAGACCAGGUGGACCAGUUUUUACAAGACAAGCAUUUGCUACAGUUUUGCAUCACCACCAAAACCCAGAGUUUUAUGAUGAGGUAAAAAUAGAAUUGCCUACACAACUUCAUGAAAAACACCAUUUGUUAUUUACCUUCUACCAUGUCAGUUGUGACAGUUCAAGUAAAGGGACUACCAAAAAGAAGGACAUGAUUGAAACUCAAGUUGGGUAUUCUUGGCUUCAGCUGUUGAAAGAUGGCAGAGUAGUGACAAAUGAGCAGCAUAUUCCAGUAUCUGCUUAUCUUCCAUGUGGCUAUCUCAACAAUCAAGAUCCUGGCAUAAGCAAACAUUCUGGUCCUGAAAUUAAAUGGGUAGAUGGAGGCAAACCACUGUUGAAGAUCUCAACUCAUCUAGUUUCUACUGUAUAUACACAGGACCAGCACUUGAAUAAUUUCUUCCAUUACUGUCAAAAAACUGAGUCUGGAGCUCAUGCUUUAGGAGCUGAUCUUGUGAAGUAUCUUAAGAGUCUUCAUGCUAUGGAGGGCCAUGUGAUGAUAGCUUUUCUGCCUACUAUUUUAAACCAGUUGUUUAGAGUGCUUACUAGAGCUACUCAGGAGGAAGUUGCAGUGAAUGUGACAAGGGUUAUCAUCCAUGUUGUUGCGCAGUGUCAUGAAGAAGGCCUGGAUAGUUACUUGAGGUCUUACGUCAAGUAUGCUUACAAAGCAGAGCCUUACAUUGCUUCUGAAUAUAAGACUGUACAUGAAGAACUUGCCAAAUCCAUGACAACAAUCUUGAGACCAUCUGCUGAUUUCCUCACAAGCAACAAGCUGCUUAAGUAUUCCUGGUUUUUCUUUGAAAUUCUAAUAAAAUCAAUGGCCCAGCACCUAUUAGAAACUGGGAAAGUAAAGUUGUUACGGAAUCAAAGAUUUCCAGCAUCUUAUCAUCAUGCUGUAGAAACAGUAGUCAGUAUGUUGAUGCCACAUAUUACUCAGAAAUAUAAAGAUAACCCAGAAGCUUCAAAAAAUGCAAACCAUAGUCUUGCUGUCUUCAUAAAAAGAUGUUUCACUUUUAUGGACAGAGGAUUUGUGUUCAAGCAAAUUAAUACCUAUAUUGGUUUCUUUGCACCAGGAGAUCCAAAGACCCUUUUUGAGUUCAAAUUUGAAUUUCUCCGAGUUGUGUGCAAUCAUGAACACUACAUUCCUUUGAACCUUCCUAUGCCAUUUGGGAAAGGCAGGAUUCAGAGAUACCAAGAACAUGUUCAUGUGGAAGUGUGCCUGUCUGUACUGUCUUCCAAAAUGCUUACAUGGUGCUCUGUGACCAUACAUGGCAUGGGACAGGUUGGCUUUGAUCACACUAGACCGCCGACUGAGCUGUUUUUCAAGAGCUCAUACACUUUUAAUUCAUUAAGUCUGCAUGCAAUCAAUCUCCAGCUUGACUAUUCCUUAUCAGAUGAGUUCUGCAAGCAUCAUUUCUUGGUUGGACUGCUCCUCAGAGAGGUGGGAAAUGCACUGCAAGAAUUCAAAGACAUCCGUCAAAUUGCAAUUAGUGUUUUGAAGAAUUUGAUGAUAAAGCAUUCCUUUGAUGAUAGAUAUGUUUCCAGGAGUCAUCAAGCAAGAAUAGCUACAUUGUACCUUCCAACAUUUGGCCUACUGAUAGAAAAUGCACAUCGCAUUGAUGUCAAGGAUAUUUCACCUUUUCCUAUUAAUGCGUCUAUCAGUAGUGCAAAAGAUGAACCCAUUAGUUUAUCAGCUGCAAAUCCACUGGUGACUCCACAAAAAUCUGUGAAUACCCUUGAUAACAACCUCCACAAAGACUUGUUUGGUGCUAUAUCAGGCAUUGCGUCCCCAUAUACUUCUUCUACAACUAAUGUUAAUUAUGUGAGAAAUGCAGAUUCAAGAGGUUCUCUUAUAAGUACAGAUUCAGGAAACAGUCUUCAGGAAAGGCAUAGUGAAAAGAGCAAUUCGCUUGACAAGAAGGAGAAGCUCCUCAGAAGGCAUUCUGCUCAUUUAUUAUGUACUACUGGAGAGGAAGAAGAACACUACUGGUCUUCAAAGAAAAAAUGUGUUACAGUGGACUUUUCACUACUGACAGUUUCAUCUUUACCAGGGAGAAAUGUCCACGCCGUGGCAUCUCCUCCAUUACAAAGAAACCAGCAGGGUUGUCCUUUGGGAAGUUCUGUAGUUCGAUGUGACAAACUUGAUCAAGCUGAGAUCAGGAGUCUACUAAUGUGUUUUCUUCACAUUUUAAAAAGCAUGUCUGAUGAUGCACUUUUCACAUAUUGGAACAAGGCCUCAACUUCAGAACUUAUGGAUUUUUUCACAAUUGCAGAAGUGUGUUUACAUCAGUUCCAGUACAUGGGGAAACGAUAUAUAGCCAGGAACCAGGAGGGGUUGGGACCCAUAGUUCAUGAUCGAAAAUCUCAGACAUUGCCUGUUUCCCGUAACAGAACAGGGAUGAUGCAUGCCAGAUUACAGCAACUGAGCAGCCUGGAUAACUCUCUCACAUUUAGUCACAGUUAUGGCCAUUCAGAAGCAGAUGUCCUUCACCAGGCUUUACUUGAAGCCAACAUUGCCACAGAAAUUUGCCUUACAAUUCUGGAUACUUUAUCUUUAUUUACAAUGGCAUUUAAGAAUCAGUUACUGAUGGAUCAUGGACACAAUCCUCUGAUGAAAAAGGUAUUUGAUGUGUACCUUUGCUUUCUGCAAAAAAAUCAAUCAGAAACAGCACUCAAAAAUGUCUUCAGUGCUUUAAGAUCAUUAAUUUUUAAGUUCCCUUCUACAUUUUAUGAAGGGAGAGCUGACAUGUGUUCUGCAUUGUGCUAUGAAAUUUUGAAGUGCUGUAACUCCAAACUGAGUUCAAUCCGAACAGAAGCUUCACAGUUGCUCUAUUUCUUGAUGAAGAAUAAUUUUGAUUACACGGGAAAGAGAUCAUUUGUAAGGACACACCUACAAGUUAUCAUUUCUGUGAGUCAGCUCAUUGCAGAUGUCGUUGGAAUUGGAGGAACCAGAUUUCAACAGUCUCUUUCCAUCAUUAACAACUGUGCUAAUAGUGACAGGCUUAUUAAGUAUACUACAUUCCCUUCUGAUGUAAAAGAUUUGACAAAACGCAUCCGCACAGUCCUAAUGGCUACAGCACAAAUGAAAGAGCAUGAAAAUGAUCCAGAAAUGCUUGUGGAUCUUCAGUACAGUUUAGCAAAAUCUUAUGCCAGUACACCUGAACUCAGGAAGACAUGGUUGGAUAGCAUGGCAAGAAUUCAUGUUAAAAAUGGAGAUCUUUCAGAGGCAGCAAUGUGCUAUGUCCAUGUGGCAGCUCUGGUGGCUGAAUAUCUUCUCCGCAAAGGAAUGUUUAAACAAGGUUGUAUAAGCUUCAGAGUAAUUACUCCAAAUAUAGAUGAAGAGGCUUCAAUGAUGGAAGAUGUGGGAAUGCAGGAUGUUCACUUUAAUGAAGAUGUGUUGAUGGAGCUGCUAGAACAAUGUGCAGAUGGGCUGUGGAAGGCUGAACGUUAUGAACUGAUUGCUGAUAUCUAUAAACUUAUCAUCCCAAUAUAUGAGAAGCGAAGAGAUUUUGAGAGGCUUGCUCAUCUUUAUGAUACAUUACAUCAGGCAUACAGCAAAGUAACAGAAGUUAUGCAUUCAGGAAAGAGAUUGCUGGGAACAUAUUUCAGAGUUGCAUUUUUUGGACAGGGAUUCUUUGAAGAUGAAGAUGGAAAAGAAUAUAUUUACAAAGAGCCUAAACUCACACCUCUUUCAGAGAUUUCUCAGAGGUUACAAAAACUCUACUCGGAUAAAUUUGGAUCUGAAAAUGUCAGGAUGAUCCAGGAUUCUGGCAAAGUAAAUCCUAAGGAUCUGGAUUCAAAAUAUGCCUAUAUUCAAGUUACGCAUGUAGUUCCAUACUUUGAGGAAAAGGAAUUGCAAGAGAGAAAAACAGAGUUUGAAAGAAAUCACAACAUCCGUCGUUUUAUGUUCGAGAUGCCUUUUACGCAGUUGGGUAAAAGAAGAGGUGGUGUGGAGGAGCAAUGUAAAAGACGCACCAUUCUUACAGCUAUACACUGCUUCCCUUAUGUAAAAAAGCGGAUUCCUGUAAUGUAUCAACAUCAUACAGAUUUAAACCCAAUUGAAGUAGCCAUUGAUGAAAUGAGCAAGAAGGUUGCAGAGUUCCGACAACUUUGUUCAUCAUCUGAAGUAGACAUGAUCAAACUUCAGCUAAAACUGCAGGGUAGCGUUAGUGUCCAGGUGAAUGCAGGACCAUUGGCAUAUGCCAGAGCAUUCCUGGAUGACACAAACACCAAAAGGUAUCCAGACAAUAAAGUAAAGUUACUGAAGGAAGUGUUCAGACAAUUUGUUGAAGCAUGUGGACAUGCCCUAGAAAUAAAUGAGCAACUUAUAAAAGAAGAUCAGAUAGAAUAUCAAGAGGAAAUGAAGGCUAACUACAGAGAAAUGACUAAAGAGCUAUCUGAAAUCAUGCAUGAACAAGUGCAGAGCCCAGCUGUGUGAAUGCGCAGAUGACCACUCACAGAACAACAGUCACAGGUAAGCAAGUUGCCUUUUCUUUUACGAAUUAGAUACUUUCUUAACCUGGUUCAGUUCCCUCUGAACUGAAGGACCUUCCCCCACUGUAUCCAUGGGGGAUAGUUUCCAAGCCCCCCCCAGAGAAUGCCUGGAACUGCAGAUAAUAGCAUACACUCCCUCCUGUGGACGGAGGAUGCUGUACUGUCCUCCCUCCACAGGACCCCUGCAAAAGUGGAAAAACCAUGAGUAUCUUUAGGGGGAAAUUGCAGGUAUCUCUAGAGUCUUCAUGCCCACUGAGAGGCAAAACACACAAGGGAGACUGGCUAGUACUGAGCCAAAGAGCAUGGCAUCCCCAAACACAGUGCAUAUUCUGCAGUUCUUUGGUGCACUGAAACACACAAAUAAUCAAAUCCAUGCAAGUUAAACCCACAAAAGUUGGGGUAUUUAAUUUUUUGGACCAUGGUCAACCACAGUUAAGUGAAAUCAUGGUAAAUGAAGCAGCGUAUAUUGGGGUUUUACUGCAUAUAUGAUAUGGGCCUGCUGUAAAUUUGCUAAGGUCCAUAACUUCUUUCUCAGUAACAGCUUCUUAGCAGCUGGCAGGCAGUCAGUAGCAGGCCUCACAUACAAAGGAGCUCUUAGUCUCAGAAGUAAUCUUUCUACCUAUGGACUAUUAUAAACCCAACAUAUAUUGUCUACAAAUUUCAUACACUUUUAAAUAUUCUCCACCCAAAACCUACAUAAUCUUUAUAGUAUCAAAGGCCACAGAGAGGUCCAAAAGAUUUACAGGGACAUACUUUCCUGAGUGCUGUAUGGUGUGAUGGUUAGAGUUUUGGACUGGGGAGCAGGAAUAUCUAGGUUCUAGUUCUUAAGAUGGGAUAUAAAUGCAAAGUAAUUUCUUCCAUCACAGGUCAUUCAGAAUGAUCAGGGGAGUUUUUGUACUAAAACCAAGCUUGAUAACCAGUUGAAAUGGGUUCAAGCAAUGGUUUGUGUAUACUGCAACAAAUGGAGACGUUGUCUUAAGAUACAUCCUUAGGCAGAGUUGUUUACAUGCUUUGCCUAAAAUGGCCAGUAAAUAAUAUUUUUAAUGAAGAAGGAUAUGGUUAAGACUUCCAUACUUUGGAUUUCUUUAUCCAAAGUUAGUUUUUGUAACAGAUAUACUAGGAUUUGUUAACUCCUAUAAAUCAGUGCAUUUAGUUAUCUUUCCUUUCCUUUCCUUUCCUUUCCUUUCCUUUCCUUUCCUUUCCUUUCCUAAUAUCCCACCCUUUUCCUUUCAAGAAACUCAAGGGAGCUUGCUUACUUCUUCCCCCUCUCUCAGUCUUAUCCACACAACAAUCCUGUGAGGUAGGUUGGCUGAGAGGCUGUGACUGGACCAAAGUCACCCAGUUAGCUACAUGGCUGAGUGGGGACUCUUGAGCCCCAGUCCCCCACUCUUAACUGCUACACCACACUGGGUCUUUCAAUUCUCUUACGGUUGGUACAGGGCAAACACUUUCACAAAAUCAGUUUGAUAUUAAGGACUUUAAAAGGACAGAACUAAAAAAAAAGAUUAAUGCUAGAUAACUAGGGAGUCAGCUAAACGCAGUAUUGCCUCAUGAUGAAAAAUGAGCACCAGGCUUUCCCUUUUCUCAUUAACCAAUUAUAUUCCCCUUAAAAAAAUAAAUUGAGAGACAUGGGAGCUGCAGCCCAUGGUGGGUGUGGGGGCUAAUCCAUCCCAUUCCCAGAUCUCUGCCCCCUGGAGACUAGUGGAAGCUAGCAGGGGGAGGAAUACCUGCUGUUAUCUUGUGCUGUGCCUUCCAGGAGGAGUGGAACCAAUGCACUAAGAGCUGUGACAUCUUUUCCAGUGGGGAAAGCAUGGGACAAGUGACGCAAUCCCCUUCAUUUAAGUAGACACUACGCUAACUAUCACCAGUCAGCACAGCUACUAUGGGUUGUUUGGCUAAAAGAAUUGUUUCUGCAGUGACUGUGUUCCAGUAGUGCUCGCUCGCUCUGUCUGUCUGUCUGUCUGUCUUUCAGGAUAUUUCUAACCCAUCCAAUCACUAUAUGGUUUAAUGUUCAAGAAUUAGUACACAUGCUCAACAAUUCAUGCUCAACAAUUUAAAUGCCCUGCUGUAAAAGCCCUGGUGUUUUCUACAGAGACAUACAAUUAUAAAAGGAAGAAAUGCUUGGGUGAAACUAUAAAGAAUACAACUGGAACUUCGUUUAUUGAAAUACCCAAGUGUCUGUGUUGUAUGUUUGAGGCAUGUUAGUUUGGUUGAAUGACCUAUUCUGCAAACACUGAAGUGUCCGGUUUUUUUUUCUUAAAUACAUGUUGAAGAGAAUAUACCAUUUUUGUGCUCAAAACAUUGAAAUACAUGUUGUGGAAAUCUUAAUGGGCAUCUCUCUUUCUUCCUUCCUUUCCC